UCCGCUUGGAAGGCAGGCAGGGAGAGGGGCGGAAGGCUUGGGAGGGCGCGUGGCAAACUUCUCUCUGGCGGCGGGGCUGACCGGCAGGGGGCGGCGGCGAGGCCGGCGAGACUUCUGGCCAAUCAGGGGGCCGCGAAGGCUGGCAGCGAGGCGCCUCAACGUUCUGCCUGAGCGCAGCCUCGGCGGGAGUCGGGCAGUGGAAGGCGGAAAGGGGAGCCGUGCGUCGGAGCGCCUCUCUCUCAGGGUCCGCGCGCGCGACUCCCAAGAGGAGAAGGCAGAACGUUGAGGCGCGCGCGCUGCCAUUGGCAAAGGAGGGCGCGCGGGCGGGGGAAGGCGCCUCCUCCUCCUCCUUUGCUCCCUCCCUCCCUGCAUCGCGGCGGCUCUACAUAAGCGCCCGUCGGCGGCGGCGGGAGGCGUGCGGCGUGGAGGAGCGGCGCGGCUCGGCUCGGGGGCCAUGGCCUUGGCGGACAGCGCCCGCGGGCUGCCCAACGGCGGCGGAGGCGGCGGGCGGUCGCAGCCGGAGCCGUCGGUGGUUCCGGCAUCCACGGUGGCGUCGUCGGCAGGGAGCGAGGCGCCUGGGGAGAUCGUGGAGCUGAACGUGGGCGGGCAGGUGUACGUGACCCGUCGGGGGACGGUGCUGUCGGUGCGGGGCUCGCUGCUCUGGCGCCUCUUCUCGCAGGAGCCCGGCGCGGCGCUGGCCCGCGACUCCAAGGGCCGCGUCUUCCUCGACCGCGACGGCUUCCUCUUCCGCUACGUGCUGGACUACCUCCGCGACCAGGAGCUGGUGCUGCCCGAGCGCUUCCCCGAGCGCAGCCGACUCCAGCGGGAGGCCGAGUACUUCCAGCUGCCGGACCUGGUCCGCCGCCUCCAGCGAGGAGGAGGAGGCGGAGGAGGAGGCGGCGGCGGAGGAGGGGGCCUUCCGCGCGACGCCUCCCUCUGCGCCGACGAGGGGGGCUCCUGGGAGGCUGAGGGCGAAGGCGGCCCCUCGUCCCCGGCCCGCCGCAGCCCGCUCCUGGCGCCCUCGCUCUCGCUGGACGCCGCCGCCGCCUCCUCCUCCUCGUCGUCGGCCUCGCCCUCGUCGCGCCGCGCGGGCUACAUCACGGUGGGCUACCGGGGCUCGUACACGCUGGGCCGCGAGGCGCAGGCCGACGCCAAGUUCCGCCGCGUGGCGCGCAUCACGGUCUGCGGCAAGACGGCCCUGGCCAAGGAGGUCUUCGGAGAGACGCUCAACGAGAGCCGCGACCCGGACCGGCCCCCCGAGCGCUACACCGCCCGCUACUACCUCAAGUUCAACUUCCUCGAGCAGGCCUUCGACCGGCUCAGCGAGGCCGGCUUCCGCAUGGCCGCCUGCUCCUCCACUGGCACCUGCGCCUUCGGGCCUGAGCAGGGCGGACCCGCCGACGACCGCGUCUGGACCAGCUACACCGAGUACGUCUUCUGCCGAGAGUGAGCCCCCAGGAGACCCAGGAGAAGGAGUCACCCCAGCCAUCCCCUCAACGCCUUCGGGGGAGGCAGCCCUACACCCCCAGCCAGGCUUCUCCAGCUCUACACAUCCAUUCACACACAUACGCGCCUUAGUUCUGUCCCCUCAUUGCUGUCACUCCGGGACAUGGAAGGAGCAGAGGCUGGAACAGGGAGAGAGAGACUCUCCUUUUCUGUCCAGAAAGGGCAUAGGAGGGUUUCACUGCCCUGUAACCCCUGUAUCUCUUUCCUCUCCCUCAUCACAGUCCAGCAUCUAUUUCAAAGUCUCUUGACUGCCUCCUGCAGAAUUGUGGGAUUUGUAAUUUAGGGAAGGGCUCAUCCAGAGAAGCCCUGGGCCUCCCAAGAAUUCUGCAGGAGGCGGUCACAACAUUUCAAGUGGAUCAAAGAGGAAAAUGCUCAA